CACACCACUCUCACCUAUAUAUAAAAUUUAUCGAACAUGGCGAGUACGGGACGUUCCGCUUUUUCUCGAGAUGGCCAAUAUUAUGCGUUUUGUGGUAAUGACGGCAAGUUGAAGAUCUGGGAGACUGCGAGCGGUAGGCUGAAGCAUGAAUAUACUCCUAAUCGACAUUUAUCGUCGCCUUGCAGCGUGAUAGAAUGGAUCUCCGUGAGCCCACAAUCGGCGGGCAACGCAUCGCCAGCGCCAAGAAAGAGACGCAGAAGAAAAUCAAUAUCGGAAGAAAUCGAUCACAAACCUAUAGUGGCAAUAGGCUCGUUAAAUGGAAAAGUCACUUUGUACGAUGUAGCAGCUGCAUCUAUCAGUGCUACAUUGGAAAAUGGUCAUUCUUCCACUGUCACGGCGAUCGCUUGGUCAGCACGUACCGGAUUAAUUACAGCAGCUAAUGAUUAUCAUAUAGUAGAAUGGAAUCUUCAGGAAAAUGGGAUCAAGUGUAAAUGGAAAUCUGGUAAAACAAAAAUCACAGCUUUGGCAAUUCUAUCUAAUGGGAAGUCUUUGUUAUCUGCGGAAAGAAUUAUCAACUGGUGGGAUUUAGCAACCAAACAAUUAAUCCGCAAAUUUACUGGACAUGCCAAUCAUAUUACCUUUCUUCAAACCGUACAAAUAGAUAGUGCAACCAGUUAUUUAAUCAGUGGUGCUUGUGCAGAUAGUCAUCUUUCUGUAUGGGCAUUAGACAAAAAUAAUAAAAAUGAUAAAGCAUCAAUAGCAACUUUAGCCAUGCAAGACGAGGCUACUUCAAUUUCGAUACUUGUUGCGGAAGAGUCACAAGUUAUUGUAUUGGCUACUAUUCAAUCGGGCCAAGCACAAUUAUUCAAAUAUCAACCGAAUGGUCAUACUAAACCAUUGAAACCGUCUCUAAAUAUUGCGGUAGCAGCAGAUGCCAAUCAGAAAGAAACUGUUCAACAAAUUCCAAUUUUAGCGGGUUACUUGACUGAAGAUGGAAAAUUAUUACUGGCAUAUGGUAGUUAUGUAAAUUUGACAUUCGAGAAAGUGAUACCUGAUUUUUCGGACAAAUUGCAAUGUUUGGUCAGAUCAGAAAGAUUAGAUAUGAAAAAAUCAAAAGAAAAGAAAGAAGAGUCAAUCUCUAAAAUUAAACCUACCGUGAUAGAAGAAGAUGUAAAAUAUCUCGCACCAGGAAUAGGAAUCCCGACACAGAAGAAAAAUAGAACGACAUCAGGUUCUCAGUUACUUUUAAAAGAUAGAUUAGAAAAUCUUAGUUUGAAUGCAGAUGCAAACACGCCGGGAAGGACAUCAAUGAAAGGAACAAAUAUGGCACAAUUACUGAUGCAAGCGUUAAAUAGCAAAGAUAAAACUAUUUUGACGACGGUAUUGUUUACAAAAAAUGAAACUGUAAUUCGUAAUACUAUCGCAAGAUUACCAGUGCAAGCAAUUACGCCAUUACUGAAAGAAUUAACUGUUAUGUUGCAAGGCAAAACAUAUACGAGUAAAAUUGCAGUAAUGUGGUUGCAAACUUUGAUAAUGACUCAUGCAGCACAUUUAAUGUCGCGACCAGAUAUCGCGGAGACACUCAGUCCUAUUCUAAGUUUUAUCGAUGCAAAAUUAGGUCUUCUAACGGCAAUGCAAAAAUUAAGAGGAAGAGUUUCUCUUAUAACAGGACAAAUAACUCAAGCUAAUGAAGACCACAACAAGGACAUAACUGAAGAUAGCUUAUUGGUUUAUCAAGAUCCAGAUUCAUCGGAUGAAGGUGCUGAUAAAGAAGAUAUUGAUCUCAGCAGCGAAUCUGAUGACAAUUGGGAAGAGAUGUCCGAUCAAGAUAUUCAAGAUGAAGAGGAUGUCAAAAGUGUUAAAUCUGAGGAUGAGGAUGAGGAUGGUAAUGAUAAUGAUAAUGACAUGGAUAAUAAUGACUCUAUACAUAGUUGAAAUUGAUUCAAUCGAAAAGACUUGAAUUGUUACAAUGAAGCCAUUUUUAAAAACAGGUAAAAAACAGAUGUA